AUGCCUAAAUUACCACCAGGGAAAGAUGUCCGUCUAGCCGCGUCAUGUACGGAAUGCCAGCGGCGCAAGCAGAAGUGCAGCCGCGAGUGGCCAUGUAACCACUGCCAAGCAAGGCGUAUCGCGCAUCUUUGUAGAUAUGUUCCGAAGAGGACGGCCAAGUCUCACCCGUUGAAUGAUGUUGCCAAUGCACAAACACCACCAGAUGAAGAGGUGGCACAGGCCAAACCAGAAUUGACACAGACGACGACUGUUGGAACGCACGGGAUUGCUGGCAAGGAUGAAUUGCGCUCGCUGGGGUAUUUGCCCGUUGACCAAAGCCCCCAUUUUGGAGAUACCACCCCUCCGGCCACCAAUAUUUCAAAAGUGUCUCCCGAUAUAGUAUCGGACGAGAUGAAAAACGCUUUAAGUCUGAUGCCCCCCAAACCCUAUACCGAUAUCUUGGUACAAAAGUUCCUGGGCGAGGGAAAUUACAACUACUACUGCCUCUAUCCACCCUCCUUCUCUCAAGACUAUACAACAUGGUGGGCAGACCGAGCCAGCAGGAAACCCCUCACCCCAGCAUUUACAUGUCUUUUGCUACGCGUUUGUGCAUGCUCGGCACAGUAUCUUGACCCGGAAAUCCGACAAAAGCUGGAGUCCGAGCUAGGCGAGCCAAUCCAGACCAUUUCGACAAACUACCACCACGCCGCCAAGCAACUCAGCAAUGCGAUUGCCCCCGGAAAAGGUGGACUGGCACAGGUUCAACAGCUGUUCUUGACCGCGACGUGGUUUAAGAGCGAGUCCCUUUUUAUCGAGUCUUGGCAUACGUUGUCCGCUUGUAUCCACGAGGCUCAGGAGCUAGGCAUGCACAAAACCUCUAGUCGAACCGGGCUAUCGGAAUUUGACAUUGAGAUGAGACGGCGUGUGUGGUGUCUUCUAUAUGCAUGGGACUGGCAAAUGGCGCUGCUACUUUCUCGACCCCUCAUCAUCAACCCAAGCUGCUACUCCUUUGAACUACCCAAUAUGAAACUUGAGGGCCUUGACACCGAGACGGGACCUCCCUCACCCGUGGCUCAAAUUGCCUUUCAAUGCAAGUUGGGCCAAGUGAUCAUGCAAAAAGUUCCAGGAAGCAUGAGCGGCACGCUGGACGCCGUUCAUGCCGACACCAUCCGCAAUGUUAUAGAAGAGUGGCUCGCAUCUCUUCCCCCGGCGUACAGUAUCAGAGAUUCGUACACGCAGUGGGACGAAGAGUAUCGCUAUGUGCCCCUUCACCGUCUACAGCUACACGCCGCGGGAUACAUGACCAUGUUCGUCCCCUUCAAAGAGUGUCUCACCAAGACAUUUAGCCCCAACGUCUCAGAUGCCGAGAAGAAUCAUCGUGAGAUAGCAGCAGAUACGGCCCUUCGAUUAAUGGAGAUCUGCCACCAGCUCUUCAACCACGUCUACCCAGUCAAUGCCAACUUCCAUCUGAUAACGUUCUUGACCUUCGACACGGCAGCCUUCCUCAGCUCCGCGGUGAUCCAUGACAAGAACCAAAGCCUCCCGCGCCGAGAGGAAAUACUCCAGGCCAUCAAGCUCGCCUGUUCGAUGAUGGGGGAACUCGCUCGCACGACAAAGACAGGAGCGAUCUGCUAUCCUAUCCUCACAAGACUUGCGAAAAGCUGUUCUGCCGUGUCUGUCGAGAAGGCCUCUCUGCCAAAUGGACCGAACCCAGAGGUGGGUACUGGCCCUUUUGACGCUGCUGGAGAUCUCAGUGAUCUUUCUUUUGGUGAUACCAUCUCCCCGGAGUCCGUGGCGGCGCUGGGCUCGAUUUCCGCGCCGGGAAUCUUUACUCCGGCUGAUCUGCCUGUGUCUGGCCUGGACAUUCCGCCGAUGAUGGCGCUGGGUGACUGGUAUAAUGUCGACGUUGGCCAGCUGGGCCAGAUUUGGGAUUGGCAGAAUCUGGAUCUGACCUUGCUACCUUCUCUACCUUCACAGAGAGAAAUCUAG